AUGACCUUCCUUCGUGACCAUACCGCUGCCGAAUACACUCAAGUCUCGGAUAUUACUGCUGUUGAUUUCCCCACACGAGAGUACCGUUUCGAGGUUGUCUACAAUCUUCUCAGUGUACGCCAUAACUCUAGAAUAAGAGUCAAGACGUACGCAGAUGAGGCAACUCCAGUCCCUAGCAUCACUUCUCUGUACGAUGGUGCUCUGUGGUUUGAGCGUGAGGUGUAUGAUAUGUUCGGCGUGUUCUUCACCGGCCAUCCUGACCUCCGAAGAAUCAUGACAGACUACGGUUUUGACGGUCACCCUCUGAGAAAGGAUUUCCCUCUUUCCGGAUAUACUGAAAUCCGAUAUGACGAGGAGAAGAAGCGGAUCGUUGUUGAACCAUUGGAAUUGACACAGGCAUUCCGAAACUUCGAGGGCGGCUCAUCUGCUUGGGAAGGAAUUGGUCAAGGCAUUGACAGAAAACCAGACAACUUCAAACUUCCUACUCCAAAGCCUGAGGAGAAGCCUGAGGAGCAAAAGAAAUAA